AAGAGAGCACUGAGCUCCUCCACAGGGAACACAGGAUUAGUUCCUCUGUGCUGUCAGUUUCAAAUCAAGUCGGCAGUCUGCUCUUAUGUCCUUUUUUACUUUGGGGCAACUUCAGCUUUAACUUCCUGUCCAGACACCAAAAAUCUGGGAUUUUAAGGCUUCCAGUGUGAUGAUCGUAGAAAUGUGACGGAUGGGGCUUCUGGAUCCUUUGGGAAGAGUCGCAUGGAAAAGGACGCAUUUCAGAAUCAACGGAUGUUAUGGCACUAUUCAAUCUAUAUUUAUUUAAACAAAACAAAGAUAUUCUGGCAGAUGGGGGAAAGCUGUUGCAUUCGUCUGACUCCUUUGGUCACUUCCCAAGUCUCGAGUGAGUGCCUCAAAUCAUGCAUACGAGCAAACCAUUGACAUUAUCUUGUGGAGUUGUGAAAAAUCCUAAAUGCUACAGCCUAAUUGGAACCAUUCAGCAAUGGUUGAGGAUUGGAGACUCAAAGUGCAGCAAUCUUACGGCUUCUCUGUGGACUCUGGUAAUCCUUUACCUUGAGACUAAAAAUGAUACAAAUCAAGUGCUUGGUGGCUUGUAAACCUGUGGUGAGUAGAAUGAGACAUCACGCUGGAGUAGGAGGCCGGAUAUGAACUCUCGAUGCUCUAAAAGUAUCUAGAGUUUACAAGAAUUCUGAAAGGUAAGUGGCGUCUGGGAAAGAUUUAAAUGGUGUUAAUAACAGAAGAACAAGGGAAAGAUGUAAAGGUUCGAGAGAAUGGAGUGGCCGGAGGAGCCGGACUUGGCAAGACACACUACAGAGACAACAAAGUUGCUACAGAUGUAUCUGAUAUGUUCAUCAGUGAGGAGGAUGAAGAUGGCUGUGAGGAUGAGAGUUCUGAAGAGGACGAGAAUGAGGACUCCGAAGUGGACUACACACGCAACUAUUGGGAAGAUGAGGAUGACAUAUAUCAGGAGUUUGAGGAAUUGGACUUUGACGCCCUGCCGGAUCGUUCAGACACACGGAGUAUUGCCUCGGAUGAUUCCUUCUACCCCCCAGACAAUGCAGUAAUUUCCCACAUCCGCUGUCCGAGCCCUGAAAGCCCCGAACCAAUAUCCUUCUUCAAGGCCUGCUGCAACAACAACGCCAUCAUAGUCAAGAUUAUGAUCAGGCAAGGAGUUACUGAAGAGGAAGUCAAGGAAGCAGACAGGAACAGAAGAUCUGGCCUCAUUGCGGCAUGUUACCAUGGCUACGUGGAUGUGGUCAUCGCCCUUUCUAAGUGCCCAUUUCUGGAUGUUAACUGGCAGGACAACGAGGGAAACACUGCCCUUAUCACUGCAGCACAAGCAGGGCAUAUCAUAAUUUCCAGCUUUUUACUGAGCUACUUUCCUGGUUUGGACAUUGAGAGGCGGAACUGUCAUGGUUUUACAGCAUUGAUGAAGGCUGCCAUGCAGGGCAGGCCUGAGUGUGUCAGAGCGCUUAUGCUGGCAGGAGCUGAUAUUUGUGCCAAAGACUAUGGCCGUCGUAUGACACCUAGGCAGUGGGCUCUCUUCACCGGUCGAUAUGAAACAGCCAACCUAAUGGAUAUGCUCAUGUCAAGGCCCUGUGCUGAGCAGUUCUGUGACUCUUUCUCCCCGGAGUGGCCCAUGUUAGAGGAGCUGGUGUCCCAAGCCCAGGAACCAAAGGGCUGUUGGAGGGGUUUGACCAACUGCUUCUCUUGCUGCCCUAACAGUUUCUCCAUGAACAACAAAGUCAACCCAGUGGAUAAUGGUGUUCUGGACCACAUGGUCAAAAUCACCACCAGCAUAUCCAGUCCACUCAUAGCUAUUGCCUGUCGCACCGUGUGUCCGGGCAGCCCGCCGUGCAUUGGAAAACGCCGUCAAGCAGUACAGGAGAUUUUAAGGCGACAAAGGGUGGCAGAGCUGAAGCGCUUGGGUCCUGACAGACUAAACAACUACAAGAAAUUUUUCCAGAACUCGCGUGUCCUCCUCAUUCCAAAGGUGAGGGAUCGCAGGGCAAGCCUGCAGCCUCAGCUGCUGAGCGACGUGGCCACGGCCUCUACGGUGGCCAUUAGACGAGCCAGCCUCCUGCCACUGAACAUGCUGAGGAGGAGCAGUGUGCGUCCCGGCAUUGUUGUGCCAAAGCUGACUCUCUGCAAGGCUCCUCCUGCAAGCUUCGCACCAGCAAAACUCAGAAGCUCCAGUAACCAGAACACGCUCCAGAUCCCCAAAUGGGAUUACAAGAUGAAGAAGCUGGAGAGGCAGGAGAGGCAAAGGCUGCUAACACUGACGAGAAGGAAGUGAAGAGUACGACAGACAAAACAAAGCAGGUUAUGAUUCUGUGAAACUUACACACGGAAGGUGAACGUAUCUUGUUGAAAAUCCUUCCCAUACCUCUCACAAACCAUUGUCGCAGUGCUAGAAAACUGAAAAUGCGAUAUGAAUAGAAUAAGAACACUUUGCUUGGUAAGAUUGCUGACAUUGGUCAACUCGUUGCCUUGUUUCUACCCGAUUUCAUUCAUUGUGUGUACUUUGUGGGAGCCAUUAGAUCACAGAGGGAAAACAUACACAUCCAUAAUUCUAUUUUAAAUUAUUGCAAAGAUGCAGAUGCAUUUUUAUUUCUGGUUUUCAUGUUGACUGCUGUUUUCAUGUGUUAUACUGCAUUAAAAAACAUGUGACAGAGGAGCAGCCAUGCACAAAGUGUUAGGGUGUCAGUUUACUGGAAAAAAUGUAAACAUAAAAAACUGAUGAAUUUUAUGAGACAACAGUUGGUCCUAUGAUAUUCUAGAGGGUUAUUUUUUUUCUUUGCACCAUGCAUGCAAAGUCACACAUCAGUGGCAAAAUUCACUUUUCUGUAAAAAAAAAAAAACUCAGGUAUAAAUUCUUUAGACCAAUUUUGUUUUAAGUCCGAGAACAACAAACUGUAAGGUCCUUCUCAGGUGAAGGUUUACUAUCAAGGAAAUAUUGGUCAUAAAGUGCAGCAUUGUAAAGUCUGAGAAUAAGACUUGAAAGAGAGCGAUAUCAAAGGGGGGGCAUGUCAGAGCCAGUCAGGGGGGUUUAACAGGAUGGAGCACUGACAGAGCUAGUCAAAGAUUGCUUGUGGGUUUCUAAAGAAGACUGAAGCCAGGCAGUGCUGUCAAACAUGUGGGACAAGGUCAAAGAAAGUCAGUCUAGACUGAUGCAGAGCAUAAAAGGCAUUUUCAAGGAAGACAAGCUGCUACUCUAUUUGACAGAUGAGCUGAAGAGUGAGCUGGGGCUUUGUUACAACUUUGUGGAGAAUCUGAAAAGCAGAUCCAAAAAUAAAGAGCUUAUAUUCUAAAUUCUGACGGCUUGAGUCUUAAAGUUAUCGAAACAUAGUCUACUGUCAGCCGUGUCCCAUGGCUCUGAGUGCUGGGGCGGUAUGAAAGGUGUGAACUUGCUCUCAAAUGACAGAUACACUAAGAAAAUUUCAUUUCAAAUAUUAGCAGUGAAAAGCAAUGUACAGAUUUUUACAGAUAACAAUGAAAACCUUUUUUUUUUUUUUUUUUAAAUAAUCGAAUGUAGCAUUUUUCAGAAUGGAAAUCCAGACAUGGGGGUGAGGAGUAACCAGUGCCUUGAAUAACCUACCAAAUAGAUGAUUUUAAAGAUUCAGAAGAAAGCCUUUGAUGCAAUCCAAAACCAGGUGCAUGCAAAUCUUUAAAACUGUGUUUAAGCAGAAGAGUAGAUAGAAUUAGCAUCGUAGUUAACGUCAGAGUUAAUGGAUGCUACAUUCUAACUAAGCUGGCUAGCCAGGUAGAGCUAGCGGCUCCCUUUCAUCCAAACAUGGUCCCUACUGGUGCCAAAAACAUUUCCACAGAGAUUUUGGUAAAACUGUAUAACACACAUGUAAUUCCUUCCCAAUGACAGUGUUUCCGAACCGUGCUCUCAAAAAGCAUUCAGCAAUCUUGAGGACAGUCCCCGUCCUCAAUUUCAGGAUUUGCAUCAAGCUACAAAUUCCCACUGCCUCUGGUCACUCACUGCUUUAUUCAGUCAGUGCUGAUUAACAGAAACAACGACUAAGGAAUGGAAAGAAAUGGUCUUUUGGUUCCUCCAGGGGGACACACGCAGCAGCGAUGGCCUGAAUUCUGCCAUCGCUGCUGCUGUUUGCAGAAACGUUGGCCGGGCUCCAGUAGGAUGCCACAAGAUUUGCUGGGCGGCUAGUGCCCUAAAUCAAGGGAGAACAUUCAUAAUACUGCCAGUCCAGUCAGGCUCUGGCCCCUAUUGUGACUAUUGUGGUCACAAACCUGGUGGUACUUUUUUUCCACAAAAGCUUUGGCUCGCCGUUCAUGCGGCUGGGCGUUUUGGCGAAGCGUUCUGGCGAUGGACCGUCUCCCACCGUCCCAUGACGGGGUGCUUGAUUUCAUUUUGCAUCCAGUUUGCAGUCAUCCGUGCACCCCUGUUGUGCCUGUUUGCACAAGUCAUUUCACAGUUGUACACUGAGGACCAAGUGACAAAUACAAGGCUUGAAAUUGGUUGUUUAGUUGCCAAAGAAAUUAUUUAUGUGCAGUUAAGUAAAAUUGAUUUAUGUUUAGUUAAUCACUGCAGGGAAAAUAAAAAUAACAUCAGUUAUAAUAUAGUACUUUAUGUGAUUAUUUUUGUAUGUCCUAUAUGUUGUGGUCUGUAUUGGAUCAAAGGUGAAGAAGCUUCAGACUGAAUGACUGAAUGACUGGCCAGUGAAACAUGCAAGGUGAUGAAUGGUCACUAUGCCCGUUUUAUCAGCGAAACUCCUACUUUUCUCUUUAAGGCUGGAUCUCUGAUGCAUCAAAAAAACAGAUGUUUGAACUGAAGACUGUAAUACUUCCUGGAAACAGAACUUGAACAAACUGAAUUUCAUGCUCUGACCACAAGAAACAAACAUCAAUCAUUUUACGACGCAAUUGACAUUGCAUUCUCCCCGGGUAAAUAUACAAUGUAAAUAUUGCAAUGCACACUUGAAUCCUGGCAGUUUUUCUACUUCCAUCAAUGAGUUUAACUUUAACUUGGAGAUUUAUAAACAUCCUAUGUAUAACUUUGAUCACAGAUAUUGAAGGGUAAGCCACACUGAUGGGCAGUAUAACAAGCAGUUUUGUGAUGAUCUAAGGUUGCUCAGCUUACCCUGCAGGUGUUCCAGAAAGUGUUUUUAUAUAAAAGAUAUGUUAAAAUUCUGAAAUAACUUAUUCUUCAUGUAGUCUUCUGUAAUGAUUUUGUCAUACUUUGUACCAGUAGACCACUAGCGGAGCAGGCGGGGGGGCAG